AUGCAGAAAGCUAAACAUUUUAUCUAUCUAUCUAUCUAUCUAUCUAUCUAUCUAUUACAGACUGCUUAUAUCUAUGUAUCUCUCUAUCUAUCAAUUACACUCUUUUUCUAUCUAUCUAUCUAUCUAUCUAUCUAUCUAUCUAUCUAUCUAGUACACUCUGUUGUUUAUGUCUAUACGUCUAUCAUAGUCGGUUUAUAUCUAUUUUCUCUCUAUCUAUUAUUUUUAUCUAUCUCUUAUAAUUUGUUAAUAUCUAUCUAUCUAUCUAUCUAUCUAUCUAUCUAUUACAAUGGAUUGUAUUAUAUUCCUAAAUCUGUUCACAUCUAUCUAUCUAUCUAUCUAUCUAUCUAUCUAUCUAUCUAUCUAUCUAUCUAUCUAUCUAUUAUCAUCUAUCAUCUAUCUAUCUAUCUAUCUAUCUAUCUCUAUCUAUCUAUCUAUCUAUCUGUCUAUUACAGUGUGCACACACCUAUCUAUCUAUUUGUUACAGUCUGCACACAUCUAUCUAUCUAUCUAUCUAUUACAGUCUGCACACAUCUAUCUAUCUAUCUAUCUAUCUAUCUAUCUAUCUAUCUAUCUAUCUAUCUAUUACAGUGUGCACACAUCUAUCUAUCUAUCUAUCUAUCUAUCUAUCUAUUACAGUGUGCACACAACUAUCUACCUAUUUGUUACAGUCUGCACACAUCUAUCUAUCUAUCUAUCUAUCUAUUACAGUCUGCACACAUCUAUCUAUCUAUCUAUUACAGUGUGCACACACCUAUCUAUCUAUCUAUCUAUCUAUCUAUUACAGUGUGCACACAUCUAUCUAUCUAUCUAUCUAUCUAUCUAUCUAUCUAUCUAUCUAUCUGUUACAGUGUGCACACACCUAUCUAUCUAUCUAUCUAUCUAUCUAUCUAUCUAUCUAUCUAUCUAUCUAUCUAUUACAGUGUGCACACACCUAUCUAUCUAUUUGUUACAGUCUGCACACAUCUAUCUAUCUAUCUAUUAUAG